CUUGUCAAUCUUGCUCAUUAGGGUUUUCCCAUCUCCUUGCCUCUCACGCCCUCUCUGCUCUGCUUUGCUCUGCGUCGUUGGACAAGAAGAGAGAAUUCAGUUGCAGAGAGAGCUCCGACAAUGGCGACCGUCAUUCCCACCUCCGAAGAAGAUUCCGCUCUCGCCGUUGUCCGAUUCACUUCCGAGCUCGCCUGGGCCGACGCUGGUCCUGAGGUUGCUGAGCCACAAGUUUCCAGACUAUGUGUUGAAGCCUCGGAGUUUGUGGUAGCGGGCAGGUGGUUCGAUUUGGUAUCACUGAUGCUCACUUCUGCUGAAGUGAUAUUUUCGAAAGUCUCUGAGAAAGAUCUUGAAUGCAUCUUAACUAUCAUCUGCAAUGUUGUUACGAAGACUGAAAGUCCAGAUGAAGCACUUGAGAUUUCAAAACUUAUAUCUGCGAAGAUUACUCAACAACCUAAUGACAAGCCUGCAUUGCGUUUAAAAAUUUUGUUCAAUCUAUACAAUCUACUGGAUAACCACCCAUACAGCCAAUUCUAUGUUUACAUGAAGGCUCUAAAUCUGGCAAUUGAUGGCAAGGUCACUGAAAAUAUCAUACCUUCGUUUAAAAAGAUAGACAGUUUCUUAAAAGAGUGGAAUAUUGGAAUUGUAGAUCAGAGGAAACUAUUUCUCACUGUGGCCAAUGUUUUGAAGGAAAAUAAAAGCCCGGCAAAGGAAUCCUUUAAAUUCUUGACCAAGUACUUGGCGACCUUUUCUGGUGAAGAUGCAUAUACUUUGAGUGAAGCCAAGGAGGAAGCUGUUCACACAAUAGUAGAAUUUGUGAAGGCUCCAGACAUGUUUCAGUGUGAUUUGCUAGAUCUGCCUGCUGUUGGUCAAUUGGAGAAGGAUGCUAAAUAUGCUCUAGUAUAUCAGCUUCUGAAGAUCUUUCUCACUCAGAGGCUGGAUGCUUACUUGGAAUUUCAAGCUGCAAAUUCUACUUUGCUGAAAAGCUAUGGUCUUAUCCAUGAAGACUGUAUAACUAAGAUGAGAUUGAUGUCAUUGGUCGAUCUUGGCUCUGAUGAAUCUGGACAAAUUUCAUAUAGUCUUAUUAGAGACACACUUCAGAUUAAUGAUGAUGAGGUGGAUCUAUGGGUGGUCAAGGCAAUAACAGCGAAGUUAAUUGACUGUAAAAUGGACCAGAUGAAUGAAGUAGUUAUCGUAAGCCGUUGUAUUGAUCGCGUGUUUGGUCAACGGCAGUGGCAAGUGCUCAGAACAAAGCUAGCGAGUUGGAAGGGUAAUGUUGCAAAUGUUAUCAGCACCGUUCAAGCCAAUAAGAUCACCGUAGACGGCGCACAGGCAAUGCAAGGCUUAGCAAUUCGUUAGAGUUUUUACCGCCGCAUUCUUUUUUUUUUUUGUUGGGUUUAUUUUAGACUAUCAUCGUUAUCAAGAUAUAGGUGAGACUGACGGGAAGCUGAGCUGCUUUUUAUUCAUUCCUUAUGUUUCAGCUUGGACCCAACUCAAAUGUAUUGGCAAUUUUGACAGGAUUUUCAUCUUUUGAUUUGUAUUUGUUUCA